AUGUCGGCCUCCGAUUCGUACAUCAUCCCCGAUGUCUCCCCAGAAUCCUCCUACGACCCAGACGAAGUCGACUCCCUGCCAUCGUCAUUAGACAGCAGCGACCUGGACUCUGAGGAAGGAUCUGACGCUCAAAGGGAGUGGGAGGCUAGUCUGCAGCAGCUGGAGCUGAUGUUGACGAUGGUGAUUGUGCCUUACGCGGGGAAAUACUUUGGGAGAAAGUUCGCGUACUGGAGCUGGGCAAAGUACAUGGAAUGGAUGUAUCCUGUUGAGGUCAGGAUUACGAAUUCGUCGAGUUUCAAGAUGGCAGGUGCUGUUGAAGCUGCUGCAUCGAUAUGA